AGGUUUGCUUACCAGAGUUACAAAAAGCCGAAAAUUGUUAAUAUCCUACGCAACCGCAGCGCGUUGUGUGGUUCUGAGCCAAACCCGGUGCCGGAGGGUUUCGAACGUUAAGCGUAGCAAACAUGUUCAUCGAAGAGGACAUUCACAUGGAGAGCGUCUGGGUGCAGACGGCCAUCGGGGCGAUCAAGAUCAUCUCGAUGGUGUACGACAUCAUCACGAUGCCGAUCUACCUAGUCAUCCAGCGACCAUGGAAGCGACGGCAGCUGGCACGGCGUGUGAAGGCAAAGAUCGUUCAACAGGAUGACACGUCCGUCACAUACCGCACCCUCAACUCCCCGGGCGAGAUGCACGUCAAAAUGUUGCAGAACAACAUCGACACGCUCGAGCGGAUGUUUAACUUCGUGACGAAGGUGCACACGACCAAGCGGUGCAUCGGGACGCGCCAGAUCCUGAGCGAGGAGGACGAGAUGCAGCCGAACGGCCGGAUGUUCAAGAAGUUCCGCAUGGGCGACUACCAGUGGCGCAACUUCAUCGAAACGGAGCAUGCGGCCGCCUGCUUCGGACGUGGUUUGCGCGAGCUUGGCCAGCAGCCGAAGCAGAACAUCGUGAUAUUUGCCGAAACGCGUGCCGAGUGGAUGAUCGCGGCCCACGGUUGCUUCAAGCAGAACAUGCCCGUGGUGACGAUCUACGCGACGCUCGGCGACGAUGGCGUGGCGCACGGGAUCAACGAGACGGAAGUGACGACGGUGAUCACCUCGCACGAGCUGCUACCGAAGUUCAAGACCGUGCUGAGCGUGACGCCAAACGUGAAGAAGAUCAUCUUCAUGGAGGACCAGCUGCACCCGACGGAGACGACCGGUUUUAAGGAGGGCGUCGAGAUCAUUCCCUUCAGCAAGGUGAUCGAGAAGGGCAGUGCCAGCAAAAUCCCUGGUUCAUCACCGACCGCUGACGAUACCGCCAUCAUCAUGUACACAUCCGGCUCGACCGGCACCCCGAAGGGUGUCCUGCUGUCGCACGCCAACUGCAUCGGCACGAUGAAGAACUUCUGUGAUAUCUUUAAAAUCUACCCGGACGAUGUGCUGAUCGGAUUCCUCCCGUUGGCGCACGUUUUCGAGCUGCUGGCCGAGAGUGUUUGCCUGCUGACGGGCGUCCCGAUCGGCUACUCGACGCCCCUCACGCUGAUCGACUCGAGCAGCAAGGUGAUGAAGGGCUCGAAGGGUGACGCAUCGGUACUGCGGCCAACCUGCAUGACGUCCGUUCCGCUCAUCUUGGACCGAAUUUCCAAGGGUAUCAACGAUAAGGUGAACGCCGAGGCCCCGAUGAAAAAGGCGUUCUUCAAGUUUGCCUACAACUACAAAUCGAAGUGGUGUGCACGCGGCUUCCAGACGCCACUGCUGGACAAAAUACUGUUCAAAAAGAUUGCUAAACUGCUUGGCGGUCGGAUUCGUAGCAUUCUGUCCGGUGGUGCCCCGCUGGCGCCCGAUACCCACGAACAAAUCAAGCUCUGCCUGUGCGUCGACGUGAUUCAAGGUUACGGUUUGACGGAAACCACCGCCGGCGCGGCAGUUAUGGACAAAUGGGAGAUGGAGUACAGCCGGGUCGGAGCACCGUCAUCGAGUAACGACAUCCGAUUGAUCAACUGGGAAGAGGGCAACUAUCGUGUCACGAACAAACCGUACCCGCAGGGAGAGAUCGUCGUCGGCGGCACCACGGUGUCGAAGGGCUACUACAAGCUGCCCGGCAAAACGGAGGAAGAGUUCUUCGAGGAGGACGGCCAACGGUGGUUCCGCACCGGGGACGUCGGUGAGGUGCAUCCCGAUGGAGCGCUGAAAAUUAUCGAUCGUAAGAAGGAUUUGGUGAAGCUACAGGCGGGAGAGUACGUAUCGCUGGGCAAGGUAGAAUCGGAGCUGAAAACGUGCCCCGUCGUCGAGAACAUUUGCGUGUAUGGUGACUCGACGAAGAAUUACACCGUGUCGCUGAUCGUUCCGAACCCGAAGCACCUGGAGGAUAUUGCCGAACGCUUGGACAUCCGUGGCGUCGAGUUCGAGGCGCUGUGCGCCAAUCCAAAGGUCGAGAAAGCCGUCCUACAGGAACUGGCUGAACACGGUCGCAAAUGCAAACUGCACCGCAGCGAAAUCCCUGCCGCAGUGCAUCUGUGUAAGGACAUGUGGACGCCCGAUAUGGGCCUGGUGACGGCUGCCUUCAAGCUGAAGCGAAAGGACAUCCAGGAGCGGUAUCAGGCGGAAAUCAACAAGAUGUACGCGUCGUAGACUGGAGUGCGCCAAAUACUUCCCAAACGAGCGAAAGGAACAAAAUCAACACAAUCCACGCGAUAGUCUGCUUCUCGCAUAGAGGGACGCAAUCGAGGGGUUGAGGAGGAGGAUCACUUUGAGCAUUCAUCACUGUACACUAGGACACUCUUUACAUCGGAUAAGGGAACGCGAACUCGACACAAAGCAAAUGCGCGCGCGCGCCACGUUGCAGGUGGUUUUGGAAGGUCGGGAACUGUGCAUCGUUUUCUUCCCCAAUAUCUUCCGGCACCGUUCGGGUUGAGACGUGGCCUAUGUGGCGGAGGUUGUCAAAUUAACAGCCUUUGCUUAGCGGACAGAAUACAGAGCGAUAUGAACGAUGAAGGAACCGCAGCCAAAAAAAGGAAAAAAAACACAAGAGAAAGGGACAAAAAGGAUCCGCAACCGAC